AUGGAACGUUUUACCGGUGACAUGGUGGGAGGUCCUGGAGAAAAACGGGAAGUCAUGAAAGCCCACACAGAUGGGUAUAACACAAGGAGAUUGACGACAUGCACACAAUCGAAGCUCGACUGUAUGGAGAUCCAUGGCAGGAAGUCCUCGGCGGAGGCCGAGGUGUCAUACCCCGCCUUCUCCUUGAGGUCACAAGUCACCGUUCUCGACCCUCUGAGACGGGAAGUUGCCAUGCAGUCAAAAAUAAAUAGAACAAAUAACAAAUACCCUACCUUUGAGGCCAUGAGCCGCAUCGUUUUAGAACACGAGUUUCCUGAGUUCAAGUUGGCAGAAAAGUACCGUAACUUACUAGACAAUUUGGUGGAUCUCAGUCUGUAUCAUACUGAGCGCCAAUUCAAAGACGCUGGAGCCAAAUGCCGUGAUGCGAAGUCUAAUGUGCAUGAGAUCUUCGAAUCGAAGGUUACUGCGCGCACUCGGUCACCAUCCGAAUGUGAAGGGCCAGUGUGCAACGCCACUCUUCGCGAAAGCUCCACCGACCACCAAGAUACUCCUGUCGACACUCUCAUAACCCUCGUGCUCAUGAAACACUCUCGCCAGCGUUCUGAUGUUCUAGCGGCUAUAGCACCGUCAGCGAUGAAUGACUCCAGAUCCAAGGUGACUGGAGUACGCCACCAUCGAGCGUUCAAUACCAAACAGCGAGGAGCUCGUGGAGGAUGGAGACACAGCACCUCUGACCCCUCAAUCAUCCUCGCCCAAGACGAGGCUCUCGAAAUAGAAACCGAGGCCGAGGACGAGAAGGAGAGCAUUCUCAAUUUGUGUUGGAAGGUGGCGGGGAAAGAGUCGGGAUGUUGA